UUAACGAUUCUGUGCCAGGUGUUUGGCACUGCUCCCAGUGUGUAAAGAAGAAGAUUUUGUUUGGUGUUCACUCCGUGUCAGAAGGAGUCGAGUCGAUUUGGGAUGUUCCGAGAAGUGGGGGUUUCAAAUGCUGAAGUAGGAGUUCGACAGAGGCAAUAUCUUGUUACAUACCAUGGGCUUGCGCACAUUCACAACCAUUGGGUGCCAGAAACACAACUGCUGCUUGAAUAUUCUUCUCUUGUCUCCAACUUUGUCGAGAAGGAUCAGGCUGUGAAGUGGAGUCCGGAGUGGAUGGUGCCACAUCGUUUGUUAUUGAAACGAUAUAUUCAGGAUAAAAUCUAUAUAGCUUCUUCUGAUGUUAUUUCAGUAUGCAAUUACGAAUGGCUUGUGAAAUGGCGUGGCCUUAGUUAUGACCAUGCUACAUGGGAGUUGGAGGAUUCCUAUUUCCUUAGCUCACCUCUAGGUCAGAAACUAGUGAAGGAUUAUGAAAUUCGUUGUCAAAAGGCUAAGCAAGAAGUUAAUAAGCAUCACAAGGGAUCUAUUGUCAAACUGUCAGAGCUUCCAGCCAGUCAAUCACUUGUCAAUGACAAUGACGUGUUGAAAAAUGUGAAUAAGCUACGCGAGUUUUUGCUCAAAGGUCAGAAUGCUGUUGCUUUUAAUGAUCAGGAGCAAGCAGUGGCUAUUAUUCUUUUUAUUCGAUCUAUGAGUGAGAUUGGUUGGCCUUUCCUAGUUGUUACCGGCUCUAGCUCAGUAUCUCAAUGGGAAGCUGAGUUUGCAAGACUGGUGCCAUCAGUUGAUGUUGUUGUAUAUAGUGGAAACAGAAACACCAGGAAGGGGAUCAGAGCAUCAGAAUUUAAUGAAGGAGGUAGCCGUGUGAUGUUCCAAGUGCUACUGUCUUCUGCAGAAGCUGUUUUGGAGGAUCUAGACAGACUGAGAAGCAUAAAAUGGGAAGCAAUUGUAAUUGAUGGUUACAAACAGUCCGAGAUAUCAAUUGAUCUCGAACAAAUUAGGGUACUCUCUACAGAGUUGAGGAUACUUAUCCUUAGUGGUCAAAUCAAGGAGUCAACAUCUGAGUACUUGAAAAUACUAUCAUUGCUUGAAAGUGAUGGUGAUUUUGACAAACUGGCGGGCUUGAAAUCUGAUACAAAUGAGAAUAUUUGCAAAUUGAAAGAUAGAUUGUCACGUUUUAUUGCAAAUGGAAGCACUUCUCAAGUAUCCAGGCUCAUUGAGUAUUGGCUUCCGGUUCAGAUGUCAAAUUUUCAGCUCGAGGAGUAUUGUGAUACGCUUCUUUCAAACUCUAUUUAUCUUCGCUCUUGUUCGAAAAAUGAUCAUGUUGGUGCCCUCCAAGAUAUUCUUCUUACUGUUCGAAAGUGCUGCGAUCACCCUUAUCUUUUGGAUUCCUCUGUACAAGGAUCCUUGAUUGCCGAGCAGCGUCCUGCAGCCGAGAUUUUGGACUAUGGGGUAAAAGCAAGUGGCAAAUUAGAACUUCUUGACUCAAUUCUGACUGAGAUUAAGAUGCGAGGGCUACGAGUACUUGUACUUUAUCAGUUGAUCAUUGGCUCAGGAGGGGCAUCAACUGGAGAUAUAUUAGAUGAUUUUUUGCGUCAAAGAUUUGGUCAAUAUACUUAUGAACGUAUUGAUGCUGGGGUUCUCCGUUCCAAGAAGCAAGCUGCUCUGAAUCGUUUUAACAAGAAGGAAACUGAACAGUUCGUUUUUCUAUUAGAAACUCGUGCUUGUGCUUCAAUAAUUAAACUUUCAUCAGUGGAUGUUAUUAUCAUAUUUGAUAGCGACUGGAAUCCAGCAAACGAUUUGAGAGCACUGCAAAAGAUAUCAAUUGAUUCAAAAGUUGAGCAUAUCAAAGUUUUCAGGUUAUAUUCAUCAUUUACUGUUGAAGAAAGAGCCCUGAUUCUUGCAAAGCAAAACUUAAAUCUUGAUAAUAAUUUGCAAAAUUUUAGCCGGACCACGAGUAAUACUCUCCUCCGAUGGGGUGCCAUGUAUCUAUUCAGCAAAUUAGACGAGUAUCAUGCUGAUAACAAGUCUAACAUGGCUUUAAACGUUUCAUCUGGACAAUUGCUUUUGAAUGAAGUUGUCAAGGAGUUUAAGGCCAUACUUUCAGGAAGUGAGAAUACCGACUCAGAUUCUAUCAUUUCGAAAGUUAAGUUGGGUGUUGGAAGCUACAAUACCAAUGUUUCAACGCUUGGUGAGACAAAACUUGAGUUGAAAGAUGAAGAAGAGCCUCAUAUUUUUUGGAGGAACUUAUUGGAUGGGAAAAAUCCGCAGUGGAAACAUUUGAAGGGGCCAUGUCGGCGGAAUCGAAAGAGAGUUAAUUACUUGGAUGGAUCUCCAAGUAAAUUAGAAGCAGAGAAACAUGAUGUGUCAAAGAAACGUAAAAAGAUGUUGAAUAAGAAUCCGGAUCCUGCCAUAGUUGAAGUAGAAUUAGGAGUGCACCAAGUGACUCAAGUUGCUGUUCCUGAGGGAGGGCAUUCUACGACAAUCAAACCCUGUAAUCAAUCUCAAGAUUUGCGGAGUGACAGCACCCCCAACAAUAAACCAAAUAGCAUCUCUGUCCAGAGAUCUUUUGGUGAUGAGGCUUCUGUGGCUGUGUCAGAGGAAAAAAAUGUAUCAUCUGAUGAGAAGAAAAGCCUCCACAAUUUUCUGCAAGGGGAGAUGAUGAGACUAUGCCAAAUUCUGAAAGUUUCGGAAGAAGUUACUAAUGUUGCGAGAAGAUUUUUGGAUUAUGUUAUGAAGAAUCACCACUUUAACAGUGACUCACCAUCAAUUGUGCAGGCGUUCCAGAUAUCUCUGUAUUGGAAUGCAGCGUCAAUCACAAAACAAAAAGUUGAUAAGAAGAAUUCACUCAUGUUAGCGGAACAGCUUCUGAACUAUCAAUGCACUGAAGAACAAGCGAGCACGGUUUAUUUAAAGAUGCGAUCUCUCAAAAGGAAUUAUUUGCAAUGUUCAGAGAACAAUAUUAACUCAGGCAGUGAUUGCUUGAUAGCUGAAGAAGAUAUCAGCAAAGAACCAAACGUUAAUGAAUGGAGCUCACAGUCGUCGUCACAUAAUGCGAGAAAUUUGAAUAAUGAGAUUAGAGAAAAAUCUGCUAAUGAAGAGCAUGCUGAAGGGCAAGUCCUUUUACAGCAGAAAGUGACAUCCAAUGAUAAUAAAACUGGUUCAUGCGAACUAAUUAAUAAGUUAAAGAAAAUACAGAAAAAAUGUGACAAGCGGACGAAGAAACUUGAAAGGAAACAUCAACAGGAAAUUCAGGAGUUCCACCGAGUCUGGGAGGAGAAAAGGGUCAAAUUGGAGACAGAUCACAAACUGGAGUCGGCCUUUAUUCGGUCUAUACAUGGUCAAGGCUCAGUGAGAGUGGACAAACUCAAGCUUUUGGAUUCUAAUUUUGCUAAGAAGAUGGAAGAGCACAAUCUCUUAAAGGAUGUGCAGUUUAGAGAUCUUGAGGCAGAGCAAUUAGCUGCCAUAAAUGAGGAGAGACAAAAGGCAGCUCUGUGGCUGGAUAAAGCAAAAGUCUGCUCUGGUGAAGUAGGGACCGUCAAUAGGCCCCAGUCACUUGGUUCUCAAUCUGGGGAUGACGCCGCACCUUCCAUAACAUCCAGUAGUCCACCAGCUGAGGCAAUAGACCCCAAAACUUCUGUUGAAAACUCGGGAACUGCUUGUGCACAAAAUGGAGGAAAAGUUGUGUCCUUGGAAAAUUCAUCGUCGCGUAUGGUUGAACAUCUUAUAUCAAAUAAUUCCGCUGAUAAAGGGGAAACUGUUUCUGCAGACUUACCUGCCCCUGUGGAAAAGGUUUCUGAUGAAAUUCAACCAGUUGAGCUGAGUGAAGAGUGUCCAAUAGAAGUGUCCAAAACUGUUCGUAAUAAAUUUGUGGGGCACGUCCACCCUGUUGAAUUAAGUGAUGCAUCUAAGGAGUCGUCAGACCAAGGAAGUGGAAAUGCUUUGCCUAAUGCUUUGGUGAGCCAGAAAGAUGGAACUGAUGAAACAGCCAGUGGGGAAUUAUUACAAAGCCUAGGACAAACACUGGUGCAUUCAGAGCAAACUGUAGCCAUGCCCGAUUGUUCUGAUUUGUUUGCAGGGCAAGUACAACAAGAUAAGCUUGACCAAAGUUUGGCUGCUGCUGAAAUACGAGACCUAGAUGCACCAGCUGUGGAAAAUCAGAGUACUUCUGAGGUAGCAAGAUCAGCACUUGUUGAUACUGUUGCUCCCAGUCCCUCCAUUCCUGAAGCAACAGUAAUAGAUGAAGUUGUGACUCCUAUACCGACCAAUCUUGAAGCACCAGUAACUGAUGAAGUUGUAAACCCUGUAGCAUCCAAUGUGGAAUCCCCAGUUGAUAUAUCUCUUAGCCUCAAUCAGUCUCCAACCAUUGAAGACCAUGAUCAAGGAAGAAGCUCCUCUCAAACUGUGGAGCCUAGGGUGACAGGAGUGGCUCAAGAAUCUAUUUCUCGAAGUGCGGAAAAUGUGGAAAUACGUAGCAGCGGUCGCCUUGAUAUAAUAGUACCUAUGACAGGUGUUGCUCAUACACAGAGUGUAGAAUUAUCUGAUGUUUGCCAGAAUGAUAUUGCUAUACCCCAAGUAAGGAUGGGCACAGCUGGGCAGCCAAAUCAAGCUGGUCUGCAACUCGAAACAGGUGCAGGCCAUGGACCUAAUUACUUUCUUGCCCCUCCUGCUCAUCGACACAUUUUUCGAAAUUCAGCUCCAUCGUUUGUAGCCGACCCACUACAACAUGAAUUAGAGAGGAUACGUAAAGAAACUGAGCAAUUGCAAAAAAACCACGAAAAUAUGAUGUCACAAAUAAAUUCAGAUUGUGAGAAGGAGAUAGAAGAAAUUAUUACUCAAAUACGUAAGAAAUAUGACGUGAAACUUCAGGAGACUAAGGCCGAAUUUAGAUUGAAAAAAAAUGAACUUGAAACGAAUCAGAACAUAGUUCAUAUGAAUAAAGUAUUGGCCGAGGCUUUCAGAUUGAAGUGCAGAUCUAAGGGUGGGGAUCCCAGGGCUUCUGGGCUCCCAGUCAUGGAACAAGGUGUUUCAUCCUUGUUCAUGCCGCGGUUACCUCAUUUAUCGAUGGCACCACCAGCGAGACCUUCCCCCGGUCCUAGCCAACAGCAGAUCACAGCUCCAGCUGGACAAACCUUGCAGCAGCAGGUAUCACGGCCACCUUCUGUGAGACCACCUUCCCCCGGUUCUAACCAGCAGCAGAUCGUAGCUCCAGCUGUACAAACCGUGCAGCAGCAGGUAUCACGGCCACCUUCUGUGAGACCUUUCGCCGGUCCUAGUCAGCAGCAGAUUGCAGCUCCAGCUGUACAAACAGUGCAGCAGCAGGUACUACGGCAACCUUCUAUGAGACCUUCGAUUGCCCCUGGUCAAAGUGUUGCAGCAGCAGCAACUCCUCCACUUGUACAAGCCAUACAAGACCUUCUCUCAAGUUCGUCGUCUUCUUCCAGACCACCCCUACUCAUUAGUUCCAUCACUCCUACACGUAAUCCCCUCCGUCUUGGUUGUGAAAUUCGCUCGCGGGCCCCACACCUUCAACCCUUCAGACCUGCUGCUUCCAUUCCCUAUUCAUCUUCACCACUACAACAAAUGCAACCUUCUCAGCCUGGUUUACAGACCACUCCUCGGCCACCUGGCCCACAAACACAAGCACCGCCGCCAAGGCCGCCCUUAGCUAAUCCGCCUGUGCCUACAGUGGCGGCGGCAGCGACUGACAGGUGUCAUAAUAAUGGCGGUUCGAAUUUGCCUGAGAUUUGUUCUACUUUUGGUACGUUGGAACUGUCUGACUUGGAAAUUAUCAGUAAUGUACAGGAUAACCAGACAUCUCGUGUUGUUUGCUUAUCGGACGACGAAUAGUAUUUGUUAGGAUGCAAUUUUGAAAAGUACCCACAGUAGGGUGGGGUACUUAUCCGGUACUUUGUUAAUGACUUGAUGUUGUAACUACUAAUGAUGGUGAAACUGACAUGAUUAUUAACCUUUUGGCUUUAGCUUAACUUGAUAUAUUUUUCUA